AUGUUCGUCAGCACGCUAGCCGAGAUCACCCUCGAAUGGUUCAGCACUAUUCCGAGUUCCAUAAUCACUUCGUUUGCCGAGUUCAAACGUGCUUUCUUGGAAAGAUUUUCAGCCAAUAGGGCCAAACCUGUAGAGAUGGCGGACAUGUUUGACAUACGUCAAAAUACAGAAGAAUCACUAAAACAGUUUGUCAAUCGCUUUACCAAUGUUAGCAUGAGAGUGGUGGAUCCUAACGAUGGAUUACUCGUGAAACCCUUUGUGAAGGGGCUCCGGGCUAGUUCUUUUAGUGAAUCUUUAUAUCGGAUCCCGCCAAAGCCUCUAAUGGAGAUAAGACAAAGAGCAGCAGUAGAAAUAGAAACUGAAGAAGCCAUGAGACAUAAAAAUGUGGGAGAUAAGAGGAUGUUGACUAAUGCAAGGAACAAACGAGAAGUUAAGCCAUUCAAAAGAGAAAGAACUCCUCCGCGGACUCAGUCAAAUUGCAGGUUCGUUCCUUAUUUAGCACAGAAAAGAACCGAGUAUCAUCGAACUCGUACAAUGCCUAAUCUUAGGUCAACCCUGGCGGAGAUACUGGAGGAUGCAGAAAUAUCUAAGCAUCUGCAUUAUCCUAGUAACACUGGGAGGACACUCGGGACCCGACCAAAUGCUUGGUGUAAAUUUCAUCAGGCUGGGGGUCAUGAUACCAAUUCAUGUUAUACUUUAACCAAUCAGUUAUCCACGUUACUAGACAAAGGAUUAAUGAAGAAAUACGUAAAGGCAGAUGCCGAUGCAGAACCAUCUGAGACACCCUCAGCGACCGACCUGCAUGAAAUACCCAUCUUGGGGGAUUUCAAUACAAUAGUGGGAGGCUUUGCUGGAGGAUGA